UAGAUCUUGAGAAUGUGGCAGCGCCAUCGCAAAGCGGCGAAGCAGCACAAGAGUGACGCCGUGGAUCCGGAAUGGAAGCUCCUGCUGUUCUUGCUCUUGGCCGCCGGAUUGUGUGGAUAUCGCAUCGGAGGCGUGAGCGAGGAAGCGGCAUGGACGAUCGACCUCUUCUCGGAAUAUGAUCCUCCUCGCUUUCAGUACCGCGAUCUCGUGGAAUCCUUCCGGAAAGAAGAGGGUAGAUUGGAGCGUCCGGGGUUGUGGGAUAGGCCCUCAGACAAUGGCUGGAAGCGGUGCCCCGAGGAUUUUGAUCGUUUCUCACUGACGACAUGGGAUCGAUCUCGCUACUUUCAAGUUCUUUGCGGAGGAGGCUUGUUUCAGCUACAUAUUUGUGUCUGCAAUGCUGUUGCUGUAGCAAGGCUUCUCAAUGCUACGCUUGUCAUUCCAUACUUCAAGCACCAUCCGUUCUGGAACGAUCCAAGCCAGUUUGAAGAUAUUUACGACUUGAACCAUUUCAUGUCAACCUUGAAAGGCGAUGUGAAAGUCGUCACAGAGUUGCCUGCAAUGUAUAGUUGGAGCACGCCGAGUUUCUACUGGGGACGUUGCUUGGAUAGGCCGAAUUGUAUGACGUUUCUUCCAAAGCACACUACCCCCAAAUGGUUCUUCCAGCACAUUCUCCCGAUUAUGGAAAGAUAUGAAGUCGCAGCUGUCGAUGGUUUUGAGCACAAACUUACCUUUGAAGGUCUCCCUGCGAGUAUCAGCAAGCUGCGAUGCAAGGUGAACUUCUACGCCCUGCGCUUUGUGAAGCCGAUCCGGGAUCUUGGAGAUGCAUUGACGCUGCGGAUGAGAACCAAAACAUUAUCAGGCGAUCCACUGCGUAACCAGGAAAAUUCGACAAAAAAGUACAUCGGUCUUCACGUGAGAUUCGAAAGAGACAUGCUUGCAUAUUCUAGUUGUGACUUUGGUGGAGGUCAGGCCGAGCAGAAAGCUCUUGCGUCAUUUCGAUACCAAGUUUGGAGUAACCGAGUCAUCAAAGCGCUGAAGAGGCCUUCUGAUCUUCGGCGAAAUGGAAGCUGUCCUCUAACUCCAGAAGAGGUCGGCCUCCUCCUUGCCGCAUUCGGCUUUACCGCCACUACGCCCCUCUAUAUUGCUGGAAAGGCAGUUUAUGGGGGACCUCGGAGAAUGGAGCCGCUGAAAAGUCUGUUCCCUCUUGUCGAAAACAAGCACUCGCUCGCCACGAGACAGGAGCUGGCGCCUUUCCGGAACUUCGCUCACAAGCUGACGGCCUUGGACUUCAGGGUGCUCUUCAACAGCGACGUCUAUAUGUCCAAUGCCGCUGGAAAUCUUCCAAACGUCCUGACGGGACAUAGAAGCUACUUUGGGCCUUACGCAUCGGUUCAUCCCGACAAAGCUCGCUUAGCAACGCUUCUUUCGGACGAGAGACACGCGACGAACUGGACGAGCUUUGCGGAGCGGGCUUUCGCGGCGCACGAGUCGCGAAUGGGAGCGAUCGAGCCGAGGAAAUCGAGGUACUCCGUUUUCAGGUGUCCAGCGCCGGAUUGUAUGUGUUUGCGAUCCAAUUCGCGAGAUUAGAUCUUUCUAAAGUUCCCAAACUGCAAAAUGACUAUAGUGCUAAACAUUGUUGCCCAACCUUUGUAUGGGAGCCUAUUACAUCUGUAGCGAUUACUUAAAAUUGUGUGUCCUCACACAAAAGACCGAUUAA